UGGCCCUGGCCCUCUCAUUUUAAUGUCCCAUUCUGGUUGUACUUUCGAAGGAAAAGAACGCGCCAUUAAAGAUAUUUAGAAAAUCCUCUCCUGCAAUACAAACAACCUCUGGUUCACCGGAAAAACCAUCAACUUCUGUCAACAUGGAAGGGGGAGACGAGGCUAUUUAUUUUAAACCUGCUUCUGAUGUGCAAGAAGAAAUUCGAGAAAGUCGUGACGCAGAAACUCCAUUUUCAUUAGAAACAAAAAAUUCAAGAAAGAAUGCAUUGCUUGAAUUAAGGGUAAGGGUGGGAAAUGCAAUUCUUGGCAAAUCAAUACUUGGGGGAGAGAAAAACGGAAACCAAAGUGAAAAAACUCAAGAAAAUUUGAGGGAUCUUAGCCUGUGGGGUGUCCCCUUGUUGCCCAGUAAAGGCCAUGCAGCUACUGAUGUGAUUCUUAUGAAAUUCUUGAAAGCUAGAGACUUUAAGGCCGUUGAAGCCUUUAAAAUGCUCCAAAAAACCUUAAAAUGGAGAAGAAGACUCCAAAUUGACCAAAUUAUUGACGAAGAUUUCGGUCAUGAUCUUGAAAAUGCAGGAUACAUAUGCAGCAGAGGCAAAAACGGGCAUCCCGUAUGUUAUGUUGCACAUAGAAUAUCCAAGUGGAAAAAUUUAUGCAAGAAAAAAUCUUUUGUCAAAGUGGACAAACGUGAGAUGUUCCUGAAAUGGAACAUAAAAUUCAUGGAGAAAUGUAUCCAGCACAUUGAUUUCAGGCCUGGUGGCGCAAACUCAGUAAUCCGGAUCGUGGAUUUAAAUCAUGCACCUGCUAAUGCUAUGAAGGAACUACACUUCUUCUUCAGGAGGAUCUCAAUACUCUUUCGAGAAAAUUAUCCUGGAAUCAUUUUCCGACAUGUAUUUAUUAAUGUUCCACUUUGGAUUCUGGCAUAUCACACCCUUCAAUUAAAACACUUAUCACUGAAGGCCAGAAACAAGUUUAUAUUUGUGAAGCCAUAUAAAGUUACCAAGACUCUUCUCAAGUCUAUCGCGCCUGAAAGCUUACCAGUUGAAUACGGUGGACUCAAGAGAGAGGUGGAUGAUGAUUUUUCUGUUCAUGACAAAGCUAUUCAGCUUAAAGUAAGACCUAAUGCAACGAUAAGUAUCCACAUACCCGUUGAUAAGGCAGGAAUCACGGUGUUUUGGGACAUCACAGUGGUGGGAUAUGAAGUACAUUACACAGAGGAAUUUAUACCAGAUGAUGAGUGCUCCUACAGAAUUCUAGUUCAGAAGGAGCAAAAAAUGAAAAGAAGUGUCAGAAAUUCAUUUCAUAUCCGAGAACCUGGACAAAUAGUAUUAGAUGUUGAAAAUCCAACAUUCAAAAAGAAAAAGAUCUUUUAUAGGUAUAUAAUGAAACCCACAGCUACUAAUUUAACGUUAUGAAAUUUUCUGCAUACAAUAGUGGAGUUGGUUGAUGUGUGGAACCAGUAUCACUUGUUGCAUUCA